AUGUCAGGGGAGGAUGAUCUGGCAAGGAAGCUCCUGCCCCUCGGCGCUUUUGCUGGAGCCGCAGCAGAUGCAGAUCUGCGCCAGCCGAGCGGCAGCAGCUGGGCAAGCAGCUUCAGCACGGGCACGGGCGCCGCCCCGCCCGCAGCGGCGCUCGCCGGCCGCAGCAGCGACAGCUUGAUGGGAUCCAGCCCCCCACAGGCGCUGUCGCUUGCCGCGCUGUCGAGCCUCCUGACACGUACCACCAGUGGACCCGCAGAGGAGAAGCUGCUGAUGCAGCUGCAGCAACAGCUGGAAGCGAUAGCGGGCAGCGGCGGCGCUGCCGGCGCCGCGGCCAUGUUCGAGGGCACGGCCGCCGCCUCUGCACUGCCGGCGCUGGGCCUGCGUGGCCCUGGGCUGCCGGCGCAUCUGCAACCAGGCGGCGCUGCCCCGCUGCAGGUGCUGCUUGGCGGAGGUCGUGGCGACGAGGGCGGCGGCGGCAGCAGCGGGCUGCAGCCGCUGCACGCAUUCCUCUCCGCGGCAGGCCGCGUGACCGCGGCCGCGAGCGCAGCCACGCACGCGGCAGCCAGGGGCGGCGACGAGGCCGCCAGCACGCCGCAGCGCUUGGAGCGGUCAGGCCGCAGCGACGCCUCGACCUCGGCCGCCGCCGCCGCGUCAAUCACAGGAGGCGCGCCGGCCGCCGCGGCGGCGGCGCGCGGCGAGGCGCAGGGCGAGAGCGGCGGCGGCGCCGCCCCCGUCGGUGGUGCGGAGGACGAGGCGCCGCCACUGGUGCGGGAGCUAGGGGUGAGCCUGGAGUCUAUGGAGCGGCUGUUCACGGCGGAUACACAGCAGGAGUUCAAGCAGCCGGUGUGGAUGGUCGUCAACCUGCAGAGCAAGAUUAAGGGUAGCUACACCGCAGACAAAAUGAUGGAGUUCUGCAAGAGGGGCACCCUCUCGGGCCGCCAGCUGGUGCUGGGCAUUGACCGGGACCUGCCUUACCUCCUGCGGCAGGACCUGGGGUUUUACACGGCCCUGGGCCAGCUGGCCCUGGAUGUUCACGCGGGCGGCCGCUACAUCCCCCUCUCCGCGGCCCUCGCCCGCGACCCCAGCAGCUGGGUCCACGUGGCUCCCCCUUCGCCUGCCGGCGCUGACGGCAGCGUCGGCGUCGGCAGGGCAGCGGGGGCCCCGGGCGGCGGGGCGAGGGGGGGAGCGGGCGCGGGCGAAGACGCGGCGCUGAGAGGCGCGCUCGAGCGCCUGUUCACGCCGGCGGAGGCUGCGGGCGCGCGGCAGCCGACGUGGCUCUACGUGAACCACCUGGGAGGGGAAAAGGAGUGCGGGACGCAGCUUCGCCUUCCUCGCCCACCCACCCUCUAA